GGACAUCUUUGCUAAGGCUGAGGGCGACAACCGGACAGAAUUCCAAAAUGAGCCAAGAUGUGCCGGAAGAAGGCUCCACUCAUCAAUUUCAAAUCGAGUUAGAUUCUUCAAGAAUUUCUGAACCAAAACCGGCUUUCUCAAUUGGACAACAACUGAAAAUUCAAAUCGAGUUGAAGCAUGUCAAGGAGGACGACAAAGGGAGGAUUUUGGACGAGCUUCCUAAUUCAGAGGUCCAGAAAGGACGAAAAUCCUCAAACACGAAAAAGGAGCUCGAAAGUUUUGGAAUGCUCAAGACCAAAAGUGGACGGCCCCAUAAGACAAAUGAGAUCCAGGAACAAGAGACAAUCAACAAUUAUGAGCUCGGCCAUGGAAAAUCAAAUUCGAGGUUCCAAAAAGUAUCCGGCCAAGAACACAAUUUAUCUAAGCAAGAUUUCAGGGGACAGAGUCAAGAGCACGACUUGAUUAUGGGGAACUGGAGACAAGACUUGGUGCAGGAGGAAACGAAGAAUGUCAAAGAAAGGCCGGAGAUUGAGACUAAGCUAUGGGCCCGAUCUGGAAGGGUGCAAGAUGAAAAACCAAAAGCAAAGACCAAAGAAGAGCUUGAUGAGAUUGCAUUUUUCCUCGAUGACGAACCGAACCCAGAGAAGAACCGUAAUAAAAAAAUAUUGGAGGAUCCAAACUAUUAGGAUUUGCCCAUCCAAGACGAUGUCCUUGAAUAUGCCGGAUUAAAUGGUCAAUUUCAACGAGAAUUCCGGGGGGAAGAAGGCGUUCUUCCCCAUUUCAAGAAUGAGCAACACCAAAAAAGACGGCAUCGGGACAACAGUCAACCUAUUGAAGAUCGAGUUAAGUAUUUGGAAGCCAAGCACGAUCCUUUGAAGAAGAAAAGAGAUGACCUUUUAAAAAUGACCAGGUUCGCUCUGGACAAAAACGAUCACGAUGUACCUGAUACAUCACCGAAGCAAAGCGCGAAUGCGGGCCCAAGUAAAAUCAGAUCUGGGUCUGAUCUUGACCCGGAUUUGCAUUAUCACUUGGUUAAAAUCUCAAAACUGGAUACCAAUUGUGGGGAUACCGACGGCCAAUCUGACCCAAUGACACCCUAUUCCAAGGGAUCGCUCGACCAAUGGACGGAUUCAAUGCUUGACGCUCAUCAAGAUCAUCAAAAAGUCGAGAAGACCCACAAUGGGAAUCAAACUGACCACCAAAAUCAGUCCGAGAGUGAAGACACUUCAUCUGACCUAUCGGAAGAUCAAUUCCCAACCCCCACUUGCUGCUUUUGGAAGUGCUUGUAGGUAGUAGUAGUAGCAGUAAGG